AUGGCUCUCUUUUUCCUUAUCAACUUAUAGCAUGAACUAAUAGAAAUAGAAAUAUGUAAAAUAAAUUAUUUUACAUAUUUUAGAUUUGGAAGUACUGUUGGCAAGUAAAAUUAUCAAAUUUUAAAUAGAUGAAUCAAUUGAAAACUAGAAAAAAUUGUAAUUUCCCUAAAUUAUUCAAUUUGUAAAUUGA